ACGUGCGCCGAGUGGCUCAGUCGCUCCGUGCAGGCGAGAGGCGAGCACCACGCGUGCAGAGUGCGUGUGUCUAGGGGGGGCUCCUGUGUGUGUGUGUGUCCUCUUCAACAAAGGCGGACCCGGGCUUUUCGUCGUCUCCGUCUCUGUCUGCUCUCGCUCUCUCAUCGCCACCACUCAGUAACACACAGAGAGAGAGACACACACGCAACUUACUUGGUUUGCGCUCACACUGCCCCGGGCUACGUUGCUGUGAACUGCAAAGCGCGCAACACACCACGACUUCGAAAGCGACAAGGACGAAUUUAAAGAUUUUUUAACAACAACAAAACAAAGUCCACCGCUUCUUGUUCUCUCGAUGCUGGAUGAACACAGCUGUAUAGAUAGCUGGCAUAUACUUUUUUUUCCUAUUUUAAACGUUAUAUAUUUUUUUUCUUCUGUCAAAUAGCGCUGUGCAGGGCGGUGAUUGAGUGAGUACAACAGCUGGGACUUUUAACAUCUGCUGUUGUUAAAUUGCUAUAUGCAACAGCAACAUCAUCAUUAUCAUCAUCAGCAGCAGCAUCAUCCUCGUCGUCAACAACAACAACAACCAGCGGCGAGAGUAGCCAAGAAAUUCUCGGACAGACCUCUCAAGAACUUUCAGGCUUGCUGAAAUUUCCUCUCCUUGUCGCCUUUGAAAAAAACCCUCCAGUUCCUACUACAACUCCUGCUGCUGCUGUCGCCCGCACGCAUCUCGAUAUGUGGCUCAUUCUCGUGUGGAUGUGGGCGGCUGUCAUUGGCAGUGGGACAGCCGGGGGAGCAAGACACUCGGUCUACUGGAACAGCAGCAACCCCAGGUUCCAAAGGGACGACUACAGCCUGGACGUGCAGAUCAACGACUACCUGGACGUGUACUGCCCGCACUACUCGGACGCACGUGCCACCCCGGAGGAGCGCACGGAGCGCUACUCGCUCUACCUGGUCAGCUACGACGGCUACCGGUCAUGUGACCACGCCAGCGGCUUCAUGCGCUGGAACUGCAACAAGCCGUACGGGCAGGCGGGCGCCCAGCGCUUCUCCGAGAAGUUCCUGCGCUUCACUCCCUUCUCGCUGGGGUUCGAGUUUUUCCCCGGCCAGGAGUACUACUACAUCUCGACACCACGUCACAGCAGUGGCAAGAAGUGCCUGAGGUUAAAGGUCACCGUGUGCUGCUCAGCCAAUUGCUGCUCGUCCAGCUGCUGCACACCCAAUGUCCGUGCAGGCACCACCACUAAGAUGACGGCUGGUCAGGGCUCGUCCGUGAGUGUAAACAGCAAAUCGGAUUCUUCGGAAGAACAAGCAGAUGAUUCGGGAAUUGGAGCUUCACAGGCUGCUCACCACGCUGGUGGAUAUGGUCACAUGCACAGGCCUAGCGUAGGCUUCGUCAUCGCCGUCGCAGCCUAUGCUCUUCUGAUAUUAUUACCUGCGUAAACUGAGCAGCGAAAAAGCCGGACUUUGAAAUUUGAAGGAUGUUGGCAAAAGAAGAAAGGAGUUAAGAAGAUAGGGGGGGGGGGAGGGAAGGAAAAAAAACUGACGCAUCUAAUUUUAAAAAAAAGUUUCAAGACUUGCUGAAAAAAAAUCAUGGCCUACAAGAAGACCAAGACAACGCUAAAACGGAGCCAUUUGUAAAUAUGUAUUGAAAAACGAAAAAAGAAAAAGCUAUACGCCACUGAAGGAUCAUGUGUUCUUGAACUAAAAUGUGGAAUCUUUCAGUUUUCACUUAUUGUUGCUGAAAUUUUAGCUUUGAGCUUUGUAUAAAGCAGUCAAACAUAUUUAGAUUUUAUUGAAGAGACCAAAAUCUUUUGAUUUUUAAAAGAGAGCGGAAAGUGACAAUGUGGUUAUUUGUAACGGUAUUUUAUUUUGUUGUUAUUCCCAAGAGAACAAAGCACCAUUAUUAUUAUUAAUCACAUUGCUAUCUGUUAACAAAAUCCCAUCACAAGACAGAUUACUGUAAAAGGGUUAACACUAUUAUUUUUUUUAUCAUGUGGCAAGUAUCAGAUCGCAUAUAGUGAAAUAAUUAAAGUUCAUUUAAUUUGUUCAUUUACUGGCAAGAAGUUCCAAAAAUCCCUUUGGACGCAUAGUGCCUGGGUGGCUCUUGUGUGCUGGAAUCUGAUUGGUCGGCUGUCUUCUUGCACUGACGCCUCGAUUGGUUAACUCUCAAUCUGCCGAAGCCUCAUUGGCCAACUGUAACUGAUCAUGUGACAGUUUUUUUAAAUGUGUGAUGGCAGCAAUGUGCCACGCUUUGAUGGCGCCAGGAAUCCACGGGUGGUUUUUUGUUUGUUUAGCGAUACAAGCAAAUGCCACGUCCUCUGCCAGUGUGCACGUUAUGUGAUACACGCGCUCAAAUAUAUAACAGACUCUCGCAGUGGAUUAAAACAACUAAAACAUUUUAAGUGGAAACUGUUGACACCAUAAACCCGCUCUGCCGUUGUUACGCAUGAGUAGACACUUUUUUUGGCCCAUUUACCGUACUUAUCCUGCCACACUGACAUUGCAAGAUAAAUAGCGUACCCACACACAGAGACGUUCUGCAAGUGACAUGUUCAUUUAAAAAAAAAAUGGGAGGAAGAUUGCUGCCUUUAGGGUCCCCCCCCCCCCCCGUUCGGUGUGACUCGCUCACGUGCAAAGUGGUUGGGACUCCGAAUCUACCACUUUUUCAUCGCGCGCACAGCGUCACGGGGUGCGAUUGAAGCAGGUGAAUAGCGGAAACGAUUCGAGGUCUGCGCCUCGCGAGCCGUCGACUCAAAGACACAAUUCCGUGUGGCGUUCCUCAAGUCGGUGGCCUGUGUAGUAGUGUAAAAAAAAAUCACAACGCUACAUUUUGUGAGCUCUGUGCAUUUUGGUCGCCUGUGGCCACAGUGUGCGUGCGGGGGGAGGGGGUGGUAGAGCUUAGUCUGGCUCAACACAGCCACUCGAUGUCACCGCUGGUGUUUUUGUGAGUUUAUAUGCUUUUUUUAAAAUUUCUCAUAAUUGCUUUUCUUAUUUUCACUUCGCCCAUCUAUUACUCCAAGUCACGGUGUAAAUCCUAGCACGACUGUUCAAAUUGCUUGCGCCUUCCCCCUUACCCCCUUACCCCCCGCGAUUUGAACCAAAAAUAAAAGCCACAACACAUGGAUGAUGGAUAUUAUUAUCAUCUACGAUUUGUGUUUGGGGAUCAGUUUCAAAUGCCACGUUCGGAUACUGCAAGAGACAAUAACGAAACAGGACAAAUUCUCCGUUCGAUGUCCACACAUCACGCGCGCGCGAACCCGCGUUGGAGGCUUGCUACGCGCAAUCUUUAACGGAGAGGAGCCAACGGCGAGCAUAAAGUAAAGUAGACGGUGCAGGAGGGAGUAUUUAUUAUCAAUUCCUUCAACGCGCUUGGACCGAGAAUUCUUUGCGAGCAUGGUGUGUACACAAGCUCGACAGGAGGGUCUUGGCUUCUGUGUCCAUACGUGUCCAAUUGUGGGAUUGAAGCAAGGCAGCGACGGGCAAACCCCUUUGGCUAUCAAUCAGGACCACCAGCACCCGACGCGAUUGGGAUUUUAUUUCAUUGUAAACCUCUCUCUCGCCAUAUCCUCCCCCCUCCCACCUCCCACUGUCGUAAAAGUGACGCUGCACUCCUCUCCCCGUGGUGGUCUAAGCCUGUGCAGCCAUGAAACUGAAUUUGUGGUGUCUACAAAGUUCGGUCCUAAAGCCCGGGCAAUGCCUUUCUUUCCCCUUGCCAUACCCCCCCCACCCCCCCCCCCCCAGGGCCUAGUAUAUGACCCUGUUAAGCCACACUCUUUCGGGCAGGAAAUCUAGGCAGAGCGGGUUGGAGGUGGUGAAAUAAUAUGAUGCAUUUUAAUACGUAGGCUUUCGCGAACAAUAUUAUUCGUAAGAGGUUUUUGUUGUUGUUGUUGUUGUAAACGUUGUGGGUUUACUCUCCAACACACCAGUGUGCUGAACGAGUAACGAAUUGGUAUAUUUUGUUUACGUGACAAAACCUCACUAAUCCGCUGCUUCAUGUGGUGGCGGAUCUAACCCAAAACAAAAAAACUGAACUGCAUUAUGGAGGAUGCAUUUUGUUUGUUUGUGUAAGCUUCAGUUGCAAUGAUGUGUUCACGAGGAUUAAUAGAAAGAAAAAAAAAGUUUGAACUCUUUGCUACAUUAUAAAUCUGGCCCAGCGUACACACCCUUACGGUUAAUUGAAAAACAAAACAAACACGCCGCUUCGUUUUUCGUGGCCUGCGUCGAUGCGCGGCCACGAGGCAUCGCUGCGUCAUGCGCCGGAGGAACAACGUUCUGCGCGCGCCAACGAACGCCGAACGGUCGAGGCAAGUCAAGCGACGGGGGCGCAUCGCAGCGCCGAUCACGCUCCUUUGAAUGCCGUCGACGAUUAUUAGGCCUAGGCCAUCGCGAGCUCCGCGUUCGAAAAAUCCAAAUAUUGACGUUGGACGAGAGCCCCCGAGGUUCAUAAAUUCCUGGAAUCUCGGCGGUGCCGGCUCGGUGCAUUAGGACCAGCCCCCCUCUCUUGAGCCAUCCCGGGCCUCCUCGCCGAUCAAACAGAUGGAUGGUGACAUUGGAAGUGACGUUGAUUAAUCGCGGCCGGGGUGAGGUAUCGGCACAGCGCCCCAAUUUGCAUCGAUCCCGGCAAACUGGCAAUAGCGCUUGCGCUGCGGUGAUGUCACAAUGACAUUUCUGCACGGUGUGUGCACAGCCUAAUUUGGUUGGGUUAAGCCACAAUAAGCGUAAUUAAGCCUCGAGCUCAUCAGCAUGCUUUAUAACGACGGAGGGUCAAUUUUCUCCGAAGGAUUUGUACAACCAUGCGCGGGAAAUCGAUGUCCGGGCCUCCUUAACUGGCGGCGAGCCUGGAUAACUCCGUGUUGCCGAUGUUAAGAUCCCUGCGCGAAGAAUGCGAGUUUAAGGACAUCACAAAGGGGGCGAAAAAAAGCUAUCGUGUAAUGUGCUGCUGAAAUCCACCGGCGUUAACACAAUGUCACCUUUAUCUCUGUAACGAAACCUCUCAUUACUGGCGUCGUGUGAGAAAAAAAAUUGUUAAAGUGCGCAGAAAGAUCUAAUUUGUCCGGACACGUAAAUUACGUUUCCAAUUAAGCCAGGGCUUGAGUGAAGUGGGGCGCUGCUCACCAGGAACUGUUGGGACAUAAAGGACGGAGACUGGAGAGUGGUGAAGCUCUUUAGUGCCGAUGUUGAGUGCCCGCAACAAUCAAACAGACGGCCACCUCGCACAGUCCCGGGUGAGCCUGUCGCCUGCGUGGUUCACGUUAGUGCAGAGUCCAGGUGUAACUCUCAGCGGGGACAGGUGUUGUAGCGGUUUUGUCUUCUUUUGGACACCUUCGCUGCGGUGCCAACCGAGAUCCACCGCUUAUUAGCGCAACGUCGCCCCACCCACGGAACAACAACAACAACAAAACCCAACCACUCCCGUUAGAAGGAUGCCGUAGAUUUGAUUUCGCCAGUUUAGGGACUCGUGCGUUGAGUAAACACGACGCCCCUGCGGCAAGAGUCAGCAAGAGUGACUCUGGGGUCAGCAGGUCGGCUGAAGCGGUCCGGUGCGCUGGAGCUGAGACAUCGAGGACAGAGGAAUUCGAUCAUGGUAGCACACCGCAGGAGGACGAGGAGGAAGAGCGUGAAACAUGGAAAGAACACAGAUUUACAACGUGGAUCAACACGUUGGGGGGUGGGGUG